UCCUUCCAGUCUGCAGUGGUGGUGUUUCUGUCAGCAGCAGCCCGAAGUUCCCGUUUGUUUGUGUGUGUGUAUGUCAUUGAUGCAGAGUGAGAGUUAAAGCGAAAGGGAGAGUAGCGAUCUGUUGCUACAGGAGCCUCUACCCUCUGUGUUCUGUCUCUGGGAGUGAAAUUAGCAGCAUGGAGACCAAGUCCCUCUCCAGCUUUCACAAAGCCCUGGCUCAGCCAGUCAAGAUGUGUAUGUUUGAUUUCCCUGUAAACAUACUGGAUGAUCUGUGUUAUCUCCUGGUUCUGAGGGAAGCAGUGAUGUGGGCUCAGUGGACCUGUGGACUGCUGAGGAGUGGAGGCUGCUGUAGGACUCAGUCUAUGUGCCAGGCUGCCUUCAUUACUGUGAGACACAGAGAGGUAGACACACAGAACUCGACACAGGAGAUCGGAGAGGAGGUCGAAGAGGGGGCAGUCUUCACCAUCACCCUGAGGAAGGUACAGUUGCACCAGUCGGCCAGUAAGGGACAGCGAUGGCUGGGAGUGGAGACAGACUCUGCUCUCAGCCUGUAUGAGACAUGUAAAAUACGCACCAUAAAGGCUGGUACGCUGGAGAGGCUGGUGGAAUACAUGGUGUCUGCGUUCAGGGGCAAGGACUCCACCUACGUCACCAUCUUCCUCUGCACAUACCGCUCCUUCGCCACCACCAAGCAGGUGCUGGACCUCCUACUCAACAGGUAUGCCAAUCUACAGAACCAACCUGUGAUAGAUAUACACAGACACACUCAGGAUGACAGCACAGAGCUCAGAAACACUGUGUCAUCCAUCCUGGGGGCGUGGCUGGACCAGUACUCAGAGGACUUCUGGAGCCCUCCACAGUAUAGCUGUCUACACCACCUGAUGUCCUACCUGCACCACCACUUCCCUGGCUCUGACCUGGAGCGCCGCGCACGCAACCUGCUGGCCCUCUUGCACCGCAGGCAGCAGUGUGAGCCCGACCUCGACGUGGAGCACAUUGGCUGUCCCUUCGCCAUGCAGGAAGAGAGUGGCUUUGAAGACGAACUAACUGCCCUGAACUUUUUGUCCUUUGACCCCAUCAUGGUUGCCGAGCAGUUCACACUCAUGGAUGCGGAUCUGUUCAAGAAGGUGGUCCCCUACCACUGCCUGGGGGGCAUCUGGUCCCAGCGGGAUAAGAAGGGGAAGGAACACCUGGCCCCCACCAUUCGAGCCACAGUGGCCCAGUUCAACUGUGUCACCAACUGUGUCAUCACCACCUGCUUGAGCAACCCCUGUCUGAAACCCACCCAGCGAGCCAGACUGGUGGAGCGCUGGAUAGAGGUGGCCAGGGAAUGUCGUAUCCUCAAGAACUUCUCGUCCCUGCGAGCUAUCCUCUCUGCCCUGCAGUGUAACUCUCUCCACCGACUCAAGAGGACAUGGGAUGAGGUGUCCAGAGAGAAUUUCCGCACCUUCCGUGAGCUGUCAGAGAUCUUCUCAGAUGACAACAACUACUCUCUAAGCCGAGAGCUGCUGGUCAAGGAGGGCACCUCCAAAUUUGCCACACUGGAAAUCAACCCUAAACGAGCACAGAGGAGACACCAACAGCAGAGAGACUUGGGGGUGAUGCAGGGGACCAUUCCUUACCUGGGCACCUUCCUCACUGACCUGGUCAUGAUGGACACAGCUAUGAAAGACUACACAGAGAGUGGACUCAUCAACUUUGAGAAGCGCCGAAAGGAGUUUGAGGUGAUAGCUCAGAUUAAGCUGCUGCAGCUGGCAUCCAACAACUACAGUUUCACCCAGGACAGCUUCUUCAGGGAGUGGUUCUCAGGAGUGGAGAGACUCAGUGAGGCAGAGAGCUACACUCUGUCCUGUGAGAUUGAACCACUGUCAGAGUCAUUCUGCAAUACUAUCAGAGCCAAGAAAAACGUUGGCAUCAUGAAACGCUGGAGCGAUCGCCAGUUAACUGAGGCCAGCUGCAGCAGUGCAGGAAGCUCCCAUUCCAAGUUGUUUGACCAGUCCCACAUCAGACCAUACCAGAGAGGGGGAGGUGAUAGUGGGGACACCCUCAGCGUCACCUCAGCCGGCUCCAGUGGCUCUGACCUGGAGGAUGUCAACGCCAGCUUCCUGUCUGACUCACCAGAUGCCCACGAGAGAAAGACCUCUACAUCCUCAGUAAAACAUUCCGUCUCUGCUUUGGGGAAAGAAAGCCAGACUCCUGAUCCCAACUCCACGUUUUGGGAGUCCACCUCCCUGUCUUCUCUAGACACGUCAGGGAUGGGUUCGGGCUCCAGCAGCGCCUCGUCCUCCUCUGUGUCCUCCACCACUCCUCUCCCAGGUGCCUCCCGCUCCCACAAGCGCUCCGUCUCAGCCGUGUCCUGCUACUCUACACUCUCCCUGCCCCUCUACAACCAGCAGGUGGAUGACUGCUGCAUCAUCAGAGUCAGCCUAGACGUGGACAACGGCAACAUGUACAAGAGCAUCCUGGUGACCAGUCAGGACAAGACACCAGCAGUCAUCAGUAAAGCCAUGGUGAAACACAACCUGGAGCGAGAGAAAACGGAGGACUAUGAGUUGAUGCAGAAAAUCUCUGAAGAAAAAGAGCUGCGGAUCCCAAACAAUGCCAACGUUUUCUACGCCAUGAACUCUACCGCCAACUAUGACUUUGUGCUGAAGAAAUGUGGCUUGUCCAAGAAAGGCCGGGCCAAGAGUGUAGCCAGCUCUACGCUGCCCCGCAUGAAGCAGAAGGGCCUAAAAAUCGCCAAAGGGAUCUUCUGAGGACGAGUAUCCCAGCUCUCUGUCAGUCUGAUGGAUUAAGGCCCUCUAAAUCCACCUAAGAUAAAGGAUCUAAGAACUACACUAGAGACGGGGCCCAGUGGAAAACAACAACAAAUCAUGUCUGCAUGCAUCACAAGCAGGCAGCAAAGCAGAAAAAGCAAUUACCGGUAUCAGACUGAUGUCUUCUUGGCUCAGGCCUUGAUGAAGGGGAGCUUAAGAAUGUGCUGUCCCUAACCCUUCGUGCCUAAGUUUGUGUCAGUGGUGUUUACAAAGGGAAUAUUAUAGAGAGUGUAUAGCGUACAUAUGGCCACGUUAUAAACUCUCUCUUACUGUGGUGAUUAGAGUGGUGUUGGUAAAUGUCGUACUGAGGAGCAUAGAGGAAGGCACAGAGAACAAUGGUGGCCAGAUUUUUUAAGCCAAGUUAGUCUCGUGAGAUAAAAUACUUUUUCAAGAGAGCCUGGACAAAGAGACCUGAUGUGCUAUCCUGGUGGGGUACUGUGAAUAGAUGGAAAGGUGGUCCAUUGUAAGUUUGAAGAGAUGAAUGCAGAUACUGCCAUAUUGAAUAUGGGUCAAGGUGUGUGAUCAUUUCAGAGAAAACAAGGUGUGAGGAGUGGACACUCUGUUAAGAGACAUACAUCUUGUUUCAUUGAAUUACAACCAGGACAAGGAAGAAUGACAUUGCAGUGGGGCUCGAUAUGCUCAAUAGAAACAUUUCAACAAUUAUGAAGGGUUGGUGUAAAACUAAAAAUAGAUAAACAGUGAGGAGUGAUAGAUAUUUACAAAAUACCCACACAGUAUAAUAUCAGCAUUACUUUGCAAUGGACCUUUAUGUUUGAUGAUGUUACCAUUACAGUUAGGCUAUUUGUUUGGUAUUCUUUACUUUGCUAUGCUGCUGCUAAAUGUACAUUUUAUAAAAGAUCAAUAAUUCACCUUAUUUUUUUACAAACUUUUUGGGGGUGAGGACAGGCAUGACGUUGGGACUCUCCGAUGAUGGCGUUGUAUUGAGUAUCAGUGAUUCAGGGGCUCCGAUGACAGCAUUUCAUACCACCCGUCCCUACUGGACUAUCUCUGUAUGGAAAACAAUGGUUUAUAUCUGUGUACUGACAGUGGGAUAGUGGUAUCAUGUAUAAUCUGUAACUGCCAAUGAUUCUCCUUAUGGCUGCCCAAUGCCUGCUCCAUGUAUGCAAGAGGAGGUAACAGUCCUCGCCUCACAACAAAAAGCAGUGCACUAACCCACACCAGCUUCUUCUUACUUACAAUCUUAAAGACAGAGAGAGAGUAAUGACACAAACUCUGAGAUCCUUACAAGCAUGCCAGUGGUUGUUUUAUGUCAUGGAAAGUACAGACAAAAAGUAGUUUGUCAUUUCACUGACAUUACAUGCCUUUAUUGCUCAGUGCUGCAUGCUGGUCCCAGCCCCUUUAAAUGGCCUUUUAAAACUGUCCUUUCCAUGAUGACCAUGAUAGAACCAUAGAGGUAGGGGAAAGCAAUAUGGUGGAAACUCCCCUGUGAUCGGUACUAUCCAGACCUCUUGUAUGCAUGUAUGCAUGGUGAGGAAGGGGCGGAGAAGAGGUAGUUCUUUUGGGACAUACAUAGCAUAAUGAUUGGUUGUCUCUGCUGUGCUUUGUCACUGUAAUUUGCUACUUACACUGUGAAUGGGUCUUGGCCGAUCACUCUGAUUGGCUCCCUUCAAUGCUGAACACUGUGAACACACACACAUUGGUCGAACCAAAUUGCUAUAACAUAUGAUUUGGUUUGCUGACACAUAAAAUACCCAUCUAGGCGUUGUAAGAUCUGUCAUGCAUCAGCAGCGUCUGAGCAGAGGAAUACGACCCUUCUCUCUCUGUCUCGCUCUCCAUUAUGACACAGUUAAAUAAGAAAAGUCAACCCUGACAGAGAAUGGAUAGAGGUGCAUGUAGUGGUAGAAAUGUGUUCAGGGCAUGGAGAAAAGGUGGCAACUGGUUUACCACUAUAUGUGCCAAAGAGAUGAGGGGUCUGUCACUCUCAAAAGACAAUGUUUGUUUAAUUUCUCUAUCACUUGAAUUUUCUAGGGGAGUUGACCAUUUCUGAGUGUUCUGAACACUACGACAACAUUCUAAGAACCUCAGAUACACUGUUCAAGCUUAGGUGGCAGUGCGGUUACUACUGGUUACCCUUGGAGAAACUGCACCACUUCCCUAAAUAGUAACAGUCCUUUGGUUAUUUUCAAAGAAUGGGAUCAGUAUAAUUUAUGCUUUACAUAAGUGGCUGUGUUUACUACCAUUUGACUGAUUGUUUUGUGGAGCUUGCUUUGCUUGACCUGGAAUGACUGGUCCUCUGCAGAUUUAUUUUGCCUUAUCUGUCGCCUUUACCAUUAUAACUGAGUUAAAACCUUUGUAUGUGUUUGCAGUGUCUUGUCUCUCAUGUUUUUCUAUUCCUAAUGAAUUAACAUCAUUUUGAGAUGUCAUACUAUAUGGAAUUGUCUUUGAUUAUGUCUUUGUUGACCUUUGUUGGCAUUAUUUAUUGGUUUGUACAGAAAGAUUUUGUUAUGCAUUGUAUAUUAUUUCCUCUCUUGUGUAAUUAUAGAUUAUUAUAUAUUCAUGUAAAUACAAAUAAACACUUAAGUUUACAAAAGUA